AAUCGAAAAGAUAUUGAAAGGCAACCAAUUAUACAGUAAUGUUGCAGAAGUAGCAAAGAUCCGGCAUUGUAUCUGUCUGGUAUUGUGACGUUUAUUAGAAAAACACAAUAAAAUCCUCCAAAUUCAUAAAUAAAAGUGUGUUAUGUGAUUAAAAUUAUACUGUGUAAAAUUGUUCCAUUAUUUAUUGUGCUCCACCCAUUCUAAUCCGUUUUCAGUAAAAAUGCCAGCACCAACCGCCGCCGAAAAUGGAGCCCCUAGAACAGAACUACAAGAACUUCAGCUUAAAGCUGGUCAGGUCACAGAUGAGUCACUGGAAAGUACAAGACGUAUGCUGGCACUCUGCGAAGAGAGUAAGGAGGCUGGAAUCCGCACCUUGGUCGCUUUAGAUGACCAGGGAGAACAAUUGGACCGAAUUGAGGAUGGAAUGGAUCAAAUUAAUACCGAUAUGCGAGAAGCCGAAAAGAACUUGACCGGAAUGGAAAAAUGUUGUGGACUAUGCGUAUUACCGUGUCAGAAGGGAUCUUCAUUCAAAGAGGACGAAGGUACGUGGAAAGGUAAUGAUGACGGAAAAGUCGUUAAUAACCAACCGCAACGGAUGAUGGACGACCGCAACGGAAUGGGACCACAAGGUGGAUACAUCGGCAGGAUUACAAACGAUGCAAGAGAGGACGAAAUGGAAGAGAAUGUAGGCCAAGUGAAUACCAUGAUAGGUAAUUUACGUAACAUGGCGAUCGAUAUGGGUUCAGAAUUGGAAAAUCAGAACAGACAAAUCGAUCGUAUCAAUCUCAAGGCUGACUCCAACGCAACGAGGAUAGAGGUGGCCAACCAGCGGGCACACGACCUUCUCAAGUAGACACAUUACACAAAAAAAAAACACUGAAAAGUUUAUACCUUUCAUUUUUUGCCUGUCCAACCCGUUCCUACUGGUUAAUAUCCGAUUCAAAUGUAAUAAUUAUCGCUUUUUGCUGCUUACUAGCAUACAAACAUCAGUUAACAAAUUUUAUCAACAAACUAAUUUUAUAUAUUAUAGUAUAGCUUCGUGGUGACGUAACAAACAAUUUUAUUUUUAAAUAAUGUACUACAAAUAUUAUAAGAGAAUACACAGUUGGCUUAAGUAAUACAAAAAUUGGUUUUUGUUGUAAUCAUUCUUAACCCUUUAUUGCAUGAUAUUGAAUAUGUGAAAAAAAAUUUUCUUAAACUGAAUUGUUUUUUAAAAACUACAAAAUGAUCUACAGAUUUUGUUUGUUUUUUAAAAAUUACAUCCAAUAAAUCCAAGUUUUUAUUUUCAUACAUGGUGUGAUAUCAUAAUUUUAUUAUAUCUGUAGACAAUGGUGCAAAAAAGAAUGUUAUACAAAAUUCUUUUUUUUUCUUUUUUCGUUAUACAUAACACUUAGUAUAGGUUCUCAUUGAACAAAUCUGUCAAAUUAUCUGCCACUCUCAUAAGUUUUUCUCAUUUGUUUCCUCUGGGUUGGAGUCAGAAGCCUUGAACAAAUUGAUGGACUUCCAUGGCUUCUCGUAGAAGGUAAAAAAGUCACUCCUCGUUUAAGAGGAAGGGGUAUUCCAGUUUUACGCAAAUGUGAUAAAUAAGAGUCUUCGUUGUUUCUUUACCAUAAAAUCCACACAUUUACGGCGCAUAGGUCUAUCAUAUGGAAAAAAUCGUCUUAUACCACUUUUAUGAUCUCAAAUGAAUUAGUGAAAUAAGUAGAUCUAGCCUCCAAUAUCACGACGAGGUUUAACCAGAAAAUACGUAUAAAAGUUUCUUUACAAUUCUUCAGGAAUUCUAACGUAAUCUCCUUCUCUGAGACAAGACGCACUUUUCCCAACGCCGUUUCCACAUUGCUGAGUCUUCAUUUGUGAUGCUGUUCAGAUGCCGUGUUGUUCCUGUUUCAAUAGCUUCCACAUCUUCUAAGAGUCGCCAUCUAAGCAUCAUUUUGCAUUUCGGAAACAAGAAGUCACAAGGAGCUAAAUAGGGUAAAUAAGGCGGAUGGUCUAUCACGGUGAUUGACCACAACUAGCGACAUGUGAGCGGACCCUUUGUAGUGAUGACGGAUCCGCCUACCUUCUUGUGCCAAAUCCGGUCGAACCCGAGCCACACGAGCUUUGAGACGUCCCAACACGUAAAAAUUUCCGUUCACUCUCAGGUCGGCAUGGAUAAAUUCCUUGUGAACUAUACCUCUAGAAACGAAAACAGGAAAGAAAACAUCAUCUUCACAUUGGAACUUGAUUUUUGCGGAUUAUUUGUUCUCAGUCUCUUGCUAGCUUCCAUUCCUUGCUUGGGGAUUUGAACUUGACUUCGAAUUCGUAGAACCAGUGAUAACUGGGUUGAGAAAGUCCCUUCUUUCCUCUGAUUCAAACCAAUACUUAUAGCUUUCAAUCCUCUUUACUUUCUGUUCUUGAGUCAAAAGCUUCGGUACAAUUUUCGCAAACAAUUUCUCCAUUUCUCCAUUUAAAAUUUUUGUGUUAGAAUUUCGUGAUUUGAUUGUUUGGGAGAGUGACGCUUCAUCAGCCAUAAUUAUAAUUGCAGUAUAGCAAGCCCGAAUUAAUUUAACAUUUUCAUUGGUAGGCGAUGACGACGGGCGUCUUUGGUCUCCGUUCACUAAUUCUCGGCCUUCUAGUAACCUUUUUAACCACUUGAAAUUACACGUCUUUGAUUAAUCUUGACUUCAUCAAUUUUAAAACGACAUUCUGGUUCAACAAUUGUUUCAAAAUGUCAAAUGAUAAUAUACAAAAUAGUUUUGUUAUUGCUAAUGAUUCGAUAAACUAACCCCAUUGAGCAAUCUAAGUAAUUGGUGAAAUUCAUUUAAAAAUUGCCGCCGCGGGCUGAACAAAUGCUUUUGCCGUAACUUUCUGCAUAAUUUGUGAAAUUCUAGAUCUAGUUUUACGUCUUUUUUUUUUAGAAUAAAUAAACAUGUCAAAUCAUAUACGAGUUAAAGGGUUAAGAAUAAUGAGACAACAGAUCAUUAUUCACUGCUCCUGUGUUAAAAUUAACAAAGCAGAAAUCAUUUUCAACAUAAAUUUUUCGCAGCAUGAAAAUAAUUAAUUAUUUUUCCUAUAUAUUCACGUCAUCACGUUUUGCUCAGUAUCUACUUUUAUUCACCUAUAUUUAUAUUUAACAUAUAUUUAAGUGAGAUAAGCUAGAAAUUUAGGGACCAGGUUUAUAUGAGAAUGUUUUGAGAUUUUGAGUUUGUAAAUUAUUUGUUAAUAUAUUUUAUUUCACAUUUUAUUUUUUUUAUUUAUUUAUGGAACAACACGCAUCAUAUAAAUUAGUUUUUUUUAUUGUUUGAAUACAAUAAACUAACAUCACAUAUUUGUAAAAUCUAUAUAGGAUGUCUUACAAAAAUAGACGUCAAGAUUAAGUGAAUUAGUAGAAUCACUUAGUACAUCAACAUAUCAAAAAAUUGUUCUAUUUGUUCCUAAGUUCAAAAAGUGUGAGAAGAGCCACCGAGCAAUUUGCAAUAGAAAUUUUUUAUUAUAACAUUUUUCAAAGCAAUAAAAACAAGAAAUUCUAUAAGCUCAUUGGUUUACUUCGGAGCAGGUGAUCUAUUAGCGUGGGGAGGUCUUUUUCAAUGAUAAGACUCUUUUAAUCGUUUCGCAGAUCAGCUUGCCAGUUCCUAUUAAAUUUUAUAUUGUCUUGUAGCUCUUAUAUUUAGUGCAAGCAAUCAAAACAAGGAGUUGCGCAUUGGUUUACUUCGGUGCAGGUGAUCUUCCACGAUCCGACUCCUUCAGUUUUUUUUUCAAAUCAGCUGACAAAUUACUUUUGAAGCUUCUAUUGUAUUUUUGUUCAAAUAAUAAAUUGCUUAAUAGUGUCGGUGUUUGGUAUUUUGUUCUGUAAUUACUUUCUGUACGAAUGGUUCUGUUAGGUUGAAGGAGCGUUUGAUGUGAUACAAAUAAUCGGGCAGCAGUUAUCAUGCGUAGUAUAUCCAUUUCAUACGUCAUUAAACUUUCCACAGUAAAUAUGACUUGCUAUGAUAUCCCCAGAUUUGGAAACCAUAUUUGUAAACCGGCUUUGUUACAGAUUUGUAUAUCAGAUUUUUUUUUCUUAGAUCUAUUUGUUUUCGCUUUUAAAGUAUGUGUUCUUUCCAGUUGAGUUUUAAGUCGAGGUAUAUUCCUAUAUAUUUGAUACUAGGAGAAGUUCAAUUGUGUUGAGUGGAACUAGAGGAUAUUAACAUUUUCUCAAAGUCCUUUGAGCAGAUUUCGUUUUAAUUAUCCUAUAGUCGUGUCUGUAAGAUGAUGUUACUAGUUUCUCAUGGACUGUAAGAAUGACGGUAUCGUCUGCAAUAAUACCAGUGAUGGUUUCAUUAUAAGUUGAUAGAUUUGCUAUAUGUAGCACGUAUAGUAGAGGUACAAGAAUGCUGCCUUGAAGUAUACGAAAUUUCAUUGGAAACUUCUUUGAAACACUUCCAAUCAAUCCUGUUUAAAUUUCUCUUUAGCUCAAAAAUGAUCUCACCAAUGCCUUUUGCUAAAUCUUGUUUAAUGCAACCAUCCAAAAAAAUAGUUAUGUAGUACUGUUCAUUUUCCAUUGCAGUAGUUAUGCUGAAUAUUAUUCAGCAUAACCUGCUGCACACUAGAGUGCUCUUUUAGGAAACGAAAUUGGUGGUCUUUGCUAAUUGUUUAUAGCAAUAGUCUUUUGGAUACGAUUGUAAAUGGGCUUAUUGGUUUUAUUUAGAUUUUCUCCAUCUUUGGACUCAAUAUUAUUUCACGAGUUCUUAAGAGUUUUAGUCAAUAGUUUUAAUGUAAAACGGCAGUGAAGAUGGGGUAAAUGAGCAUAAUUUCUGUCUCUGGUAGUUUCCCUAUCAUUGUAGGAAUUAUUUUUUCUACAGCUCUAUAUCCACUUAAAAUUGAAAGCUACUUCUGGUGCCCUCUGUAGCUUAAAAUUUGUGGAAUUGCGAGAUUUAAUCUUCAAAAGAUUUGUCAAAAAUAAGCAAAGCUACACGGAUUUAAAUAGAUGAUGAUAUUCGUUCACUUCAAAGCCUUUUUGAGGUAUUGUACUGAAAGCGUACACUACACUGCUGGUAAAGUUGACCGAAGAAGAUAGUGAGGCGACAACUUCACUUCGUCUUGCCUCACUUAACUCCUGAUCAUUGUAAGGCUUUGCGCCCGACUCAAAGGACUUGAAAUGAGAUGAAGUUCGAAUAUGUUUACAUUCUUACAUACAAUUCAGAUUACAGUGCAUUGCAAUCAUCCGGCAUUUUCUUUUUCUCCAUUUUUAUUUCAUUAUAUUUGUAUGGUUAGUAAGUGAGAGUGCAGUGCACCAGCAGCUGCUACUUGAAUGUCCAUGUUGCCAAGUAUGCGGACUCCAAGAGAGUUCCUCGCGAGAUUGCACGAGUGUGUAGACGUGCGCUUAGAUGUCCAGUUAACUUUGGGACAAGUAGUGUAGUAAACAUAUUACAAAAUGUUUACUACAUUCAUUACUUUGUUUGGCGCUCGUUUUGCUUAGAGAUAAACGUCUUAUAGUCGGACUAUGAAGACGAUAACUCGAUUAAGAAAAAUCAUGUUAAACAGUGUCACUGUUGUUGGUAUAGUGGAAGUAAGCAGUGUGUUUAUCAAGAAUAUCGCCAAUGGUUCCAGAAAAAAUAAUAUGUUUGUAUUAGUCGCUCUUCUUUUUCCAUUCCUCGCCGUUGUUGUGGAUAUCCUAAAAGCAGACCAGUCUGCUCUGUAUCUGUUUUUGAUCUAUAGCAAUUUCAGAUAAUUUCAGUAAAUGAAAUUUAAACUAAUAUUCAACAAAAUACAAUAUGAAGUGAAUCUAAACUUGAAAAACCAUAUAUACGGUUUACUUAAUGAUAAAAUGUACAAAUAUUCGUGAAGCAAACAUUUGAAUGCCCUACAAAAUCUUCAAGAUUUGAUGGUGAAUACUUCAGGACGUCUUGAAACUCUCCUGUCAUAUGUAAAGUACAGAUACUAGAUGUCAUUUUGUGCCAACUUGAUUUAAUUAACAUUUCUAAAAGUUUUUCCUAAUAGUUAACCAGUUUUUAAGUAUAUCUCAAAGAAACAGACAACUACAAACUUAUUGAAUUGUAUUAGCCUGCACUGAUAAAAUUUUAAACCUUAACUCACAUUUUUCAUUAGAAUCCUAUAUCUAUAUUUUCCGCUACAGCACGGAAAAAUUUUCACUCACACAAAAUAAAAUUGUUAUCUAAAUUCGUCGGCAUACCCCAGUCCCACGAGUUGCGCAGGAAAAUAAAUAACCAAUAGACAGCUGCAAUUCUGAUUCUGGAAAUGUUACUUUGCCAACGCUUCCUCAAUUUUCUUCUAUAUAUCUGCAACCACUUUAGCAGGAACAACAACAGGAAAACAUUUUCUUGCUGUACUCUAUUCUUCGAAUCCCUCAUGUUUUCUUCUACACUUAUACACUAUUAUCUUGUACCUCCUUCAAUUCCAAGGCAGGAUUGCCAUAUUAUGUCGUAAUCAUUGAAACAACUCGAGGACCUUUUCACGUCAUGUACAUUUUAAUAAUUAUCAAUUUUUUCUCUAGUUGCUUAUAAUUGUACAGAUGUCAGCAUAAGUCAAGCAAAAAAUUUGCAUUAAGAGAAAAAAAUCAAUUUAUUAAAAGAAAUUACAAAAGGGUUACGCUAAGUGGUCAAAUUGAUACCUUUCUUGAUCAAUUGCAUUUUCGGCAACGUGUCUCAACGAAAAGCCAGAACCAGCGAAGCAUGUCAAACUAUUCACGAAGAGUUUAAAAUUAUUCUUCAUUUGCGGGUGUCAGUUCACAUGACCUACUCAAUGAAUCCUCGUCUGCCCAUCCAUUCUCCAAAAUGAUUCGCAUACGCAGAUACGUUACAGAAAAAUUCUUUCUUGAAGCGUGAUCUUGUAUCGGUUAUUAAUUCUGAAAAUGCGUCUAUUGAACAAACACGUGUUAUCAUGACACUCGCACACUAGCUGAAACACGAACAUGCUUCGUUUUAUUCUUUUUCGUUUGCGUUGUCUGACUUAUGCCGAUUUCAGUAUGUCGAUUUUACUUCGGGCAAAGAUGCUUACGUUUUAUAAAAUAAAAUAAAAAAAAAUUAAUUACGAAAAUAAUAAACGUAUGCGAUAACUUAAUCUUCGUCUUUAAAGGCUAAUGUAACAGUGCUUCCUGUUACAUUUAAUAGUUUUCAAUGUAGAAUGGAUAAUAUGUGAAUUUAAUUCAUACUUGAGGAGUCGAUUUGGCUAUCCUAUACCUAACGAUAUAAUUUCUGUAUGACUCUACGUGCCAUUAUUUUGUUUCCAAAAUACGUGGACUCUUCCUGAAUGAGGUAAUUUAUCUGGGGGUUUUAUUGUCCCACUUACUAAGCAUUACUCUGUUGAGGUACAUAAACCUUUAGGUUAAAUGUACGAUGGUAGAUACUCUGCUGUCUCCAUGGCUUGGUUGCAGAAUCUGCAGUUUGCCCCUUCUGCAGUGCCUAUCGUCUUAAGAUGCAGAAGUGCAACCACCAGUUCAAUGUCAUUUCUGGACAUAAUGAGAAGCUCCUUUUUACUUCUUGGUUGAUAUGUUUAUGGAUCGUUCAGGUUGUCUAAGGCCUGAAUUGUUUCUCCAGUAAGGUUUCACCUGAUUCUCCAGCAAACUUUCAGAGCCUUCUAGGCUGCUUGGCUAUCGGAAAGAAUGCGAAUUCAAGUGCACCUGACUAUAAAAGUUUAUUGCUGUCAAAUUUACCUGAAAAAUAGCUUACAUUAUAUUCGAACCCUCUGUAUACUAGAUGUAUUCAUGCUUGCAAAUGAUCUUUAUUGAUCCAUAAUUGGCGGUCAUUGAUCACCGCUUUGAAUGGGAUGUUGUUCAUCAUGCUAUAAAUUUGGUCCAUUGGUUUGUCACUGCUUUCCAGCUUUAUCAGCUCUACUAUUUUUAGGUAAUGUGGCAGAUACGAUGACUUUUUUUGUCUGGUUGAGUCUGUAGAUUUAGAUAGUGAAUAAUUCGUCAUUGCAGCACUAACGUUUGUAACUACUGGUUUUCUUGAGAUAUGCUAACAUCAGGAUUUAUCAAUGUUAUCAAUCUACAAACAGUGAUAAUUCCUUUAUAAUUAAGACAAAUUAAGUUACACGAAAUUGCAUCUAGUAUCUUUAAUCUAUGUUUAGUGGUAGAGUUUCAAAACACACUAUCUAUACAGUUUCAACUACUCGUAAAACUUUUCAAAAAUAUUGAAGCAAGUUGAUGGUAUUGAAAAAAUCUAAAUAAAUGAUUCCGUCAUAAAGUCGUUUUUCACAACCUCUCAAAUAGGAAUAUGAGAGACAGUUUUUAAUAAAAGGGGAAAUAAUAAGUCUAUUUGUUAAAAUUGAAAUAUUCGACACUUACAUUGAAAACACUUGAUAUUUUUCUAGUAGGAACGUGUUGAUAUGUAGUAAUGUUCAUAAUUUUUAAAAACGGCACCUGGUUAUAUGUUAAUGUUGGUUAGGGUGAGAGCAACGAAACACGCAUUGCAGUGGCCAACCAGCGUGCCAACAAACUUCUUAAGUCCUAAAGAGAGAGAGUGGUGGGGAUGAUUCAAGUCGCCUUUUAUACUUCUUUCUCAAUUCUAGAUGUUAAUCGGCUUGAUCAAAUAAUAGUUUGCACAUAUAUUAAUUUCACAAUUGUAUUUUUAUGUGAGUUGAAGCAAAAGGAAUGUGGUAAAAAAACAUUGUGUACUCUACUGAUUCGAAAACUUGUUAACGUUCUAUAUUCGGUAUAAUAAGUAGGAGCUCCAUUUUCUAAGUUGGUAGUGUCAAUAUCGAGGUUUACAUUUGUUUACUGUGACUCAGAACUUUCGAAAAUUCUGGUAACUUAUAUAUGUAAUUACAAAAAUGUUGUAUAGAGUUUCAAGAAGAUGUUUCGAACUUCAUUCGGAAAUUUUGAUAGAAAAUCUAGAAACACAUUAAAAAUGGUGGAAAAUUAAAAAAUAUAAACGUAUCAAAAAUAACGAGGCUUUCUCUAAAAAGAUUUUAAAACAAGCACAUAUUGUUUGUUAUUUCAAUCAUUUCAAAUCAUUGGAAUAAAUAAAAUAAUGUCCCACAAUGUAUAUCUUUUACGCUACUCUAGAUAAUUUUCAAAAAUUAAACUUAUUUGUCAAUAUGGAGUGGUGGGGAUGUUUGGUACACUUUUUUUCAGUUGAAUGCCCGAAAAUUUUUUUACAAUUGUUUCUUGAAUUAUUUUUUUUAAUGGUCUUGAACAAAUAAAUAAUAAGUGGAAUCACGACCAAGCAACUAAAGAUGCUUCUGAGGAGUAAUUACUAGCAAGCAAUUCAGGAUUUAAAUUCGGAAAAUAACUUCAAAUAGUUUUGAAAUUGAUUUAAUCAAUCAAAAAGUUAUUACAAAAUGAUUAAUCUACAGUCUGACUUGAAAUCGACAAUUUUUACUUAUAUAUUUCAUCAAUUCUUUUCUCUAAACGUCAACAAUUUAUAUUUUAUGGUUGAUGGUACCGAAAAAAAAACAUUUCGAAAUGAAUGAAAGAUUGCAUUUCUUAUAUAUGUAGAUUAUUAAGUUUUUACAUGAUACACACACACUCUAUAUUUGAAUUAUUCUUAGAAAUAAAUGAUCUAGCUGCACCAGACCAAGCUCAUCUCUUCCUGUAUUAGCUAGGUGUGAUUCAUUACCAUAAUUUUGAAGAACAUUCCCUCUGAAAUUGUGAAAUGUCUAUGUUAGAACAUAACCGACAAUGCAAUACUUUGCUUUAUAUCAUACACCAAAUUUAUUUUAUAUAUUUUUUUUGGACCCUAUUCCAAUCCUAUAUGUGGGUACGAAUUGUUCGAUCAGAUCGAUUGCUCCCAUAUGAAUUAGAGUCAUUUUUAGACUACCUAUUCGUGAAUUUUUGGAGCCCUAGAUCACAAUUUAUCAAAACUGUACCGACAUUACUGUCAUUUCAUCCAUUUUUCCAUUGGAACACAUUUGAUAUUUACCCCAUUCUUCUCAAGAAAAUGAAUCUUUAUCCUUUAGUUUUCUAUAAUUUACUUUAUUUCCACAUAAUGGAAUAUUCUCACAGGACUUUUUUGUUAAGUUUAUAUAAGUUAUAUUCUCAGUGUACCAAGAAUAUAAUUUUUUUUCACAUAAUUUUUGUUGUAAAAUGGUAUUAGGCCUGUAGAUAAUAGAGAUAUAGAAAAAUACAAAAACAUUUUUCAGUUUUUUCUAACAAAAGCAGCAAGUUUUGUUGUAUAAAAAAAUAACUUUCAAUUUUCCACAAUAAAGUCAAGUAGAUGACUGGUUAAAAAAGAGAGUUACCCACAACAACUCACUUCCACUGUGAGUCACAUACGAUUGUCAACUAAAACAACUAUUCAUUUUUUACUUGACAUUAAAAGAUUGUCUGAAAGUUGUGAUUUUUUUUUUAGAAAAUUUUGAAUUGUCAUGCAACUUUAGUUGUAAUUGGUCACUAAUAGGUUAAAAUUAGUUUAAACAAAAAAGUGUUUGACAUUUUGAAAAAUUUCUUUAAUUUUUUCAAUCUGAAAUUUUUAUCUCUUUCAAAAACUAUAAGAAAAAACUAAUUUUAAAACAGAAGAGACCUAAAUCAUCAUCAUACUAUCACAUUUAAAAACAGUUUUUUGAAUUUUUGGCUUAAACUUUUCGCUGAAACGCUCAUUUCCAAUAUAGCACUGACGUCAGUACAUAGUAAGCUUGUGAACAAUUGACGACAUUGUUCAGUGGUUAUUUUUUUUUCUGUUAUAAAAUAGAUACAAUACUAUUGGCAAUCUUUAUUAUAAAUUAAAAAUAAAUAGUUUUAAUUCAAUAACAUAAAAUGUUAAUAUACAUAAACGGCAAAGGAAGGAUUUCAUUGACAACGAAUGAGGAACUAUCUCUUUUCUUGUGACAAAAAUAUUUUUAUUAUAAUCAAUCCCUACGGAAAUUGGGUUGCAGCCAAUUUUUAUGAAAUUUGGCACAAUGAUAGUUUAUAGCAUGCUCAUUAAAAGUCUUUAUCGACACGAAACCUCAAAACCCCCAAACUCUAAAAUUAUCACUCCCCGAAGUGUCUGAAGAUACCCUGGGAGGAAGGGUAUUGGCUUUGGUAAAUUGCUCUGAUUCUUGGCACAAUGAUAGCUUGACCCAAGAUAAUUAAAUGUCUCUAUGGGCACAAAACCUUAAAACCCCAAAACCCUGUCAAAACUGCCCCUCCCUGAAUAGUCCGAAGAUACUCUGGGAGGAAGAGAAUUGGUUUUGGUGAAUUGUUUUGAACCUUGGCACAAUAAUAGUUCAAAGCAAGCUGAUAAAAAGUCUAAAUAGGCACGAAACCUCAAAACUACCCCUGAAAACUCCAAAGGUAGCAUAUUUAGAAAAAAUACUGAUAGUAGUGGUCCUCUUGUUGUGAAUGCUGAUACUAGAUUAUGUUACAACUGUAACAUCUUUAUAGUGAAUGAAGUAAGAGCUUUUCAGGAUGAUCCUCUGGCAUUUCGUCUAAAUAUAUUACGGCAAGCAUCAUCUAAUAACUGUUUUAUAUGUGGCCAUAAUGAAAACAUAUUAAGAUUAAGUAACAAUUUUGCCUUAAGUGGCCGGGACUAUUUCAUCUCUCCUCAAUUGACUGAGGAAUGUUUAUGAAGUUUUUUAUGCAAUAUACCUACAUUAUGGACGACCCAUAGAGACCUUAAUUAGCGUACCUUGAACUAUCAUUGUGCGAAAUUUACCAACAAGGGAUUUCGUGAAAAGUAGAAAUUAAACGUUUCGAUUAGAGUUUGGUAAAAAAAAUGUUAACUAAAUAAUUAACAAGAAUCUACCUGUUUACAAUUGGAAACUCUGAUGUUGUGGCUUAUAGGUUAUCAUAUUUUUAUUCUUCACAUUAUUUUUUCCAAAGUGACAUGAAAUUUAAUGAAAAAAUAUAUAAUUGCCAUUUAUAUAAAAAAUUAAUUACAGGUAACUGUGGCUAAUUUAUGAUAGGCAACCGAUUUCUAUUACUUUGCAUACUGUCAAAACAUUUAAUCAAACUUAAUUCUAUGAAAAAAAAACAGAUACUUAUAGAUUCAAGCAGUGGGAUCUCAACAGACAGAUAACCUACAAUAAAAUAAAAAAAAAAAACAUCAAUUUAAAUAUAAGUAAAAUUGAUGAAUCCAUACAGGGCAUUUCCUAAGUAAUCUAAAAUAUUGUACUGGACGAUUCGUCACUCUUUUAAGACGGAAACCUAACCAUGUGUGAUAAGUCUUGUAGUUAAUGAGAUACAGGGUACCGAAUUGUUUUAUUAUUUUAUUAGAAACAACAACAUGUGUUAAACAUAAAGGAAAAAUAAUACAUUUCAGAGUAUAUGUAUAAAUGUAUGAUUCGAAGAUACCAGGAUUGUUACGAAUAACAUUACAGAAUUGUAUUUGUGUUUAAUAUCGGGAUUGUGUAAAUGAGCGAUUUUAGAUAUCCUCACACACAAAAAUCCAUAGGAUUGCAUCCAGGUGACCUAGGGGGCUGAGGUAUAGAGAUCCUCGUCUGAUUGAAUGGCCUGGAAAAACGUCAUUAAAAACUCACGCACAGUCACUGCAAAAUGUGGAGGAUAUAAUAUGGAUAAUGGAUAUCAUAAAUUAUCUUUGAGAAUAUUCCAAAUAGUUCUGUUACCAAUAUUCACUUUAUCAGCAAUUUUUCUGGUACUCGUUUCUGGAUGUUUGUUGUCAAUAAUUUAAAAACCUGGUUUUCCAAGUGUGGAGUUCUCGCAUUUCUGGGUCGUCCAGUAAUACGCUCUGAUUUAACAAAAGUUUCAUUCUCUUGUAAACGAUUAUUUAUCUUAGUAAACGUAUCAGAACAUGGCAUUUUGAUUCGCUAAUCCAUAUAAAAAGUGCGUAUUAGCCAUUUCAGUAUUAAACGCUGGCAUCGUUGUUAACUUUACACAAAAAAUAAAAAUUUCUUAUUCAUUAUUCGCGAUAGUUUUUGUGUUUGACUCAGCAUUUGACAACAUUAUUUCAAAGGCCACUUAGAAUAAGCAUGUUCUUUCGUAUUACUUCUAGUAGCAGCACCAGGAAAAAUGAAUUUCACUUACAGUCAGAGCUCAUUUAUUACAAAUUAAGGUGAAGAUUUUCGCUAAAUCAACCUCUCCAUAUUGUUAUUUAAGGAAUAAUUGUCAAUUCGUACUUUAACCACGUCUAAUUACGCCACUGAGUAGAGCUUACUAAAUAUCAAUGUUAAUAGUAAGUGUAUACCUCAUUUGAUCCCAAAGAUGUGUUUCAGUUCAUUCUUGUCUUUAUUUCUUCCAUGAAAAUUUGAAACACAAAUAUAUGUGCUUUAAUUUUUAAAAUUUUUUAGAAUAUACAUUCGAAACAUCUAAAUCUAAGAAUUGGAAUGAUAUAAAACAUAAUCUUGUUGAAAAGAGAUUCUCCAGUAAGAAAAAUAGUAUAUGGAAAUGAAUAAUAAACACUGAAGUGAACUUUUUUGGGGAGGUCAAAACUUAUUUGAAGCUCAAAGUUCUCUCGUUUCAACAUUUUUCACUUAGAAUAAGAAUUUUCAUAUAUUUUGUUGAAGUAUUACUCAUUUUUAAUGGUAUCAAAAAAAAAACCCAAAUUUUUCGAAAAAACAAACAGAGGUACCUCCUAUUUCUUAAAUACAGUUGAGUCUCUACUCCACAUAUAUGAGACUAUGGUCGGUUUACUGAACGUUUGAACAAAAAUAUUAUAAAAUAAUGAAAUAGUCUAUUAAAAAAUGAAAUUUUUAAAAAAGUAUAUACAUAACAUUUUUAACUACGUUUGUUCCCAAGAUAUUUUAUAUAGAUACAUACAUGUAUAUAAUGAAUCACUUUUAAUGACUCAUAGUCUUCUUCCUUAAUCCUUUUAUAAGUUUUCAUGGCUUUAGCAUCUUCCGUUAUUCUGGUUUAUUCUCUCUUAUUGUUGAUCUUGUAUAUAACGUCUUUAAUACUUCAUAUUCAUGUCUUCUCUCACUUGAUUGUCCCCAUGGUCUAUCCUCUACCCUCCGUCAUCUCCAAUUUCUAACUUCUCUAUUACAGAUUCUCUCAACAUGUCAUGUCAUUUUAACCUCUGGAAUUUCUAGUUUAACUAUGUCUUUUCCUUCUUAUAUCACUUUUAAUUCUUUUUUAACAGGACCUAAUAUUUUCUCUUCAAUUAUCAUAAGGUUUUCUCAUUCUUUCUUCGUGAAACACUCUCUAUGUGUCAAUGGAUUUUCAAACUCUGGGAUUUUAUGAGUUUAACCAUGUCUCGCCUUUCCAUUAUCUAUUUUCAUUCCCUAUUCAUUGGUCCUAAUAUUUUCCUUCGAAUAUUUGAUGUUUUCUUCUUCUCUACAUGUCCAUGGCAUUUCAACCUCCGAGAUUUUAUGAGUUCAACGAUGUCGUGUCCUCUCAAUAUCUCUUUUGAUUCCCUAUAUAAUAGCAUUCUACAUUCAUUCUCAUCUACCCUUUUUUUUCUUGGAAUAUUUCAGGGUUUUCCUUCUUCAUGAGACACUCUCUACGUGUGGCAUGGCAUUUUGAACUCUGGGGAGUUGAUGAGUUCAAUUAUGUCUUGUCUUUUAAUCAUUCAAUUCCCUAUCCAUUAACGUUCCCCAUUCAUUCUAAUCUAUUAUCUUUUGCACUAAUAUUUGUCCCUCAAAUAUUAUGAGGUUGUCUUUUGUUUUUUCAUGAGAUACACUCUAUAUGACCAUAGAAAUUCAACGUCUUGGAGUUUUACUAUGUUUUGUUCUCUCAUUAUCUCUUCCAAUUGCUUGUUCUUCUUCUACAUUCUUCCUCAUCUGUUUUCUUCGAAACUAAUAUUUUUCCUUCAAAGUUUUUCUUCUUCUCUCUUCGUGAGAUACAUAGUUUCUAUGACGUAGGUUUCUAUAAAAAAUUUGACGUUACGUUGCGGUCUUCAUCAAAAUAUUGACAUUUACAAAAAAUAUUUUUUCUUAAUAAUCCCCAAAGUUUCUUACGCUUCGGCAUUUCUACAUUUAUACAGGAAUUAAAUGCAAAAAUCUUGAGCUCCCUACAUGCUCCCUGAGAGAAGAUACCGCUGCUACAGACAAACGGAUGGCAAAACGAUAGUAAUAGCGCAUUCUUUUUUGUAAAAAAUGCGCUAGAAAGUAAAAAUUAUGUUCAUUUAUAAUUGAUAAUUCCUAUUCAAUCCACCUCAUACAUUACGUAUGAAGAAAUAAUCAAUAUGUACUAGGUUUUUAUUCAAACUUUCAAUCAUGCUUGUAAAAUCUCUUUAAAACUGAAUUAUUCGAAGUUAUUCUAUCGCUUUCUUUAACGUAUGAGCUGAAAGCACUUCCAGCAUCACGAAGUCGUAUAGAAAUAGGCUUCAUCCUUUUCAAGCAUUGAAGAAAUUUCUGCAUUAACUUCCUCGUCCUCAUUGGCUAAUUAUUUUUUGAUCAACUCAUUUAAAUUAAAACUUAUGAAUGGUUUCUUUUUGAUCGUGGAAUUUUUCAUAUACAGGAACUAUUAUUUUAUCAUAUUUUUUAUUUGUUUCCAAUUGUCUAAUAACCUGGGAUCUGGUCACAACCUCUUAUGGUUGAAAUAUUUUUCCAAACAUAAUCAAGACUAUGUAUAAAUCUUAAUACUCCUGAGAUGCUCUAGGAAAAAACAAUUGUGGAAGUGAUGGAUUAUAGAGACUUAACUGUACUGGUAUCACAGAAUUAUUAUGUGCUAAAUAGCUAUUGGUCUAUAGAGAAUAGUAAAUAAGCAGAGAAUUAGUAAUCAAUGAUCUAUGUAGUGAACCUAAAUAUUUAUAUAUUCAUUUGAGCGUACUUCAUAUAAGUUUUCGAAGUCGGUAAUAUUGGUUAUUGUUAAAUAUAUAAACUCAAUUUCAUGCUCAUUUGCACAAAAAUCUAGUUCUUAGUACUCAUUUUACCACAUUUCGUUUUCAACAAUGAUCGAGACCUUAUACUUGUUAAGAUGUAUUCCAUUUAGCAUAUAAUAUCAAUGUUUUUUUAUGGAAAACUAAAACGAUCGUAUGGAGAAUUUUUUAUAUUCAAAUAAUAUUAAUUUGUCGUGACAUACGCUUCACCUUCAUUUAAUAUACAAAUCUAACCUGAAAUUCAAUCAGAUAAUUGCUAAUUAUAUUUAUGUUGAUGUAAUCUGAAUUUAGAUUACUUUUUUUAAUAAAUACCUACAACUAUGAUGAUAGUCAAUUUAGUUCAGUAUGGGAUUUCAAGUUUUGUCCUUGAUAACACCAAGAAUCUUCCAAAGAUUGUUAUUAUAACACAUUUAUAUACGAGUACAACAGAAAGAUAAUUGAAUCGGAAUGGAAAUCGCAUUCAUAUUAUUAUAUUGUCAGAAUUUAAAUAAAUCUUGCAAAAUAAAAUAAAACAAUUCUCCAUAUACAAUAAAUAUGUCACUUCUACAUACCUUUUAAUCACAAUCACUUUCACAAUAAUGUAUAAAUGAAUUAUUUCAUUAUUCAGUUUUUUAAUAUGAUGAAGAUUUUAACUAUAUUUUCUUCAUAACUCGUUCGAAAGUGUGUACUUUCGACCCUAAUAGCAGGGACAGAUUACACUACAAGGGCCAAAAGCUGAAAUCUCGGUUCUGCCCAAAAAUUCAGCUUUUAGUUUUUGUAGCGUAAUACACGCGUGUCCUUUUCACAGGAAGUAAAUGUUAAACUUUCAUCACUGCACGAAAGUACGUACUUUAGACCGGCUAUGAAGAAAAAUAGUAUAAUACAUUACACGGGCCAAAAGUUCAAAUCUCGAUCUUGCGUAUCAUGAUGUCCGAUAAUUCAACUUUUGACCCUUGUACUGUAAUAAACUAUUAUACCUAUUAGCAUAUUGAAUACCUAAUACCAAUAUUGUUUUCGAAUUUGUUGCCUCAAAUUCACAAUUUACAAUCAUAUUGUAAACAUUUUCAGGUAUAUUUCGAAAUAAUUACACAGGCCAACAAAAAUAUAUGUUUCUGCUGUUUUUUAACUAUUCCUGGUUCAUUUUUUGGUGCAAAAUUCAAAAUAGUCCUCAGAUUUUAUCUACCAAAUCUAUUUUUUAAGAUUUGCUACAAAAAGCUUUCACUUUAGAUUAUUCCUAAUAUGGGUCCAGAGAUUAGUCCCAUAAGUUGUAAACUUAACUUUUCACAUAAUUAAGCUCAAUCCUAAUUUCCUUCAGCCAUUUCACAAGGGAAUUACUUAAAUACUAAGAGAUAGGGAUUAAAAAACUUCAGUUCCGAUAAUAAUAUCCAGCCCAACAGUGAGGUGUUUUAGAUUGAUACCGAAGCUCCUUACAAACCAAUCCAUACUAUGGUGUUCGGAAGGAUAUAAAAACUUUUAGAGAAGAAUAAGAAUAUCCCUACUACCACUUACAAUGAAUUUUGAAUAAUUAUUAAUGAACUCCAUUAUUAAUCACUGAUCACUUAAAAUUUAUUUCAUUCUUAUGUAUGUAUCUUCCAACCUUUUAAUUGACCCUUGGGCUGAGUGGUGGUCUAAAUAAAUAAAUAAUUAAAAACCAAACUGGUGAUUAGUCACGAGUAACUAGUUGAAAAACAAAAUCACGAAAAACAAUUUUCUGUUAUCCAAAAAGCAAUUUUUUAUGGGGGAAUCUGUUAUGGGAAAAUUUUUUGAUUUUGUGAAUUUCUUUAUGCUAUAGAUACUAAGCUUUCGAACGACUUUGCAUCCAUUUUCAAGGCUGUAAUAAAUACCAAAUGAAACUGGUUAAGCUGGAAUAAAUAACAAAUGAAACUGGUUCAUAGAAUAAUCAUUUUCCAAAUUGUUAUAACUUGUAUAUUAAAAUUAUGAGACGAAACCAAUAUCGCGAAAUCUCACAGGAAAACACAUAAUUUGAAUUAUAUUGUGAGUUACAUUAUCUUUAUAACAAAACUGCAGUGUUAUUUUGGAAUGAAAAACUUCUUUUCCUUUUUGAGGAAUUUCAUAAAAACUAAUCUUCCUUGUUCCUACCCAUUUGUUACCAACUUAUUUUGACUUGUAUACGGGGGGUAUUCACAAUUAUACUCCCACUCCUUUGUAUUAAAUUCUAAAUAACCCUGUAUAUGAGUUAAGAAACCAACUCAGAAAAGUUGGUAACAAAUAUAUGGGAACAAAUAAGUUUAGUUUUUAUGAAAUUUCUCAAAAAGAGAAAAACAUUUAUUACAGCGUUGAAAAUUGAUGCAAAGUCGUUCGAAAGCUUGGUAUAGUAUAAAGAAAGUAAAAACAUGAAAAAAUUCACCCGCGACUGCUUUUCUCAUGAUUGAAAAAUUGUUUUUUGUAUAAAAGGAAAUUAUUUUCCGUGAUUUUAUUUAAUAAUUAGAAAGCCAUCUACAACCAGGAAUGAUUUUCAAGGAGAUUUUGUAUCACUUUUACCCAUGAACACCCAUCAAACGUUAUAUUCAUAUGAAUUGAGAUGAAGUAAAUUGUGGAUAUUUGAUAAGUUGUCUUGUUUGAGGACCAUGAAAUAUACUGGCUAUCAUUUUUCUUUAACCCUAGUCACCUGACAACUAUCCGGAAUAAUUUUCAUUUCGAUUUGAAGCUUCAUCACCUUCACUUCAGUAUGCAAAGACGAAAAUGAUAAAUUUUCUCACGUAACAAAUCUUUGUUGGUUAAAUUUCUUUGGUCAAACCCAAUUUCUUUAUCCACUUUGUUGCCGUUUUUCAAUCGACAAACCACAACUUACUCAUUGAAGGUUUUUAAUUUCUUUCACAAAAAUGUUGUUUCCUAUUCUUUCUUCAUGGUAUACAUCUUAAAAUAUGUUUUAAACUGUGAGGCUCACAGAAUACCAUAAUUCAAAAGGCAGCAAAUAUUUCCAUGACAAAUUUUUCUCAUUUAAAAACUGCGUAGUUUGUUGUAUCUUCUUCGAAGUCGCUGCAAUCAAAUGAUGUAUCAAAAUCCAAACUGUUCACUGUCGCCAAUGUGAUUUACAUGUUUCGCGUGCCUAAAUGAUAUUAUAAGCUCUUUUCACAAAGUCGAAAGUGAUUUUUUCUUCCAAAAUAUAUUUGCUAUUUACAUAACGAAAAACAUCGAGAGGAUUCACUGAGCUACGUUUGCUUGGUGAUGCCCUUGAUUUAGUGUAUUUUGAUACUAGGAAGGAAAAAAUCUAACAGGGAUAAAUUUGGCCAACCAACCGUCAUAUCUUCCAAUCCAUCUUACAAAUAUACAUCCAAACGUAACAGUUCUCGAAAUGAGAAUUCUGUUGCUAUUUCAUGGUCGGUUUUUCAUUUAGUUGAAUUUCCUUAAUCAUGGAGGAGGACUAUAUUUUUCUUGCAUCCACCUGAUAUUUUAAGCCAACCAAUAGUGAAUGAGUUAUACCGAUAUUGUGAAAACGGUUUUCUUCACUCUCCAAUAUCUUAUUAAGAAGUUUUUGUUUAAUAUUUCAAUUGACAUUUUAACAAUACAAGCAAAUCUUCUCUCUGAAUCAGCAGAUGUUAGACCUUGCGUUGAAUGUAUUAUGAAAAGACGAUAUUCGUUUUGCUUUAACACUCUCUGGAUGGUAAUAUAAUAUUACUAAUUUUUGCUGAUUUGAAAUCCGUGGAUUGACUUCAAUAUCAUCAUUAUCUUCUGCUACAAAAGGUUUAACGUGAAAAUUUGAAUAUUUUCCGCUUGGAAAAACAACCAUUCCUUAAUUUUUCGUUCUAAAGCAAAAUAAUUUUUUUAUAGAGCACGUGUACUGUUUCUUCCAAUGGCUUCGAUCUGCUAGAAUAUUUCUUAUUAGGAUUUAUUUAUGGUUGCGAAGAUCGUUUUGUUUUUCAAAUGAAAUAAAUAAAACUCUAUUUGUCGUUUCUAUGUAUCUACCAUAAAAAUAGGUAUCGUCAAAAUACUAUGAGAGUCGCUUUUACAGGAUGUUUCAAUAAAUUUUUUAAAAAUGAUAACAGAUUUAAAAUAUGACUUUGUAACAAAGUAGCUACUAGCUUAAAAUAUGUAAUACUAUACACAGUUUAUAACUGCCACAUGUCAUUUUCGAUAGUUCAAAUAGUUUUCGAGAUACAUAUUAGCCGAAACACCCCCUACUUUUUCUUACCUUUAUCUCAAAAACUUGAGCUGAGAGAAAAAAUCUGGUGGACUUUUUGGCGUCAGCACGUUAAAAUAAUCAAAUUUGGGUGUUAUAUUUCUGUCACCAAUUUCUUUUGUUUACUUUGUUGGCCUGUGUUAUUGAUAUAUUUCGACUAUUUUUGUAUUUUCAAAAACACAAUCUCGCAAUUCUAAAUAUUGACUUCCAGUUUUUUUAAGAACUUUUUUUAGAUAAACAAAAUAUAUGCCAUUCUUCUCUUCACAAAUUUAUGUAGACUAAUUCAUUACUAAUAGUAGCAUCUUAAAGCUUUGAUUAUCUCCAUGGAGUUAGUUGAAGGUUAUAUGAAUAGAAAAGUAUAUUAAUUUCAAUAAGAUAUGGGAUUAAUAAUUCUUUCUAACCACAAAAUGAUUAUUUCCGUUCAAAUGCUAAUUGACAUCAUGAAAAAUAUUUUUUAGCUAUUGUAAAAAGAAAUCUUAGAAAAUAUCAAUAUUUCCAUAUCAAUUUAUUGAGAGUCUUUUGUCUAAGAAGUAAGAAAAUUAUAUUAUGAGUUAUGUUAAUUGCUCUAAGAAAUUUUUGGCAGGUCUAAAGCUCACAAUCCCAACGUUAAAUUUGCCAUAUAGUGAAAUUUUGCCUCAAAUAUAUCUAAAUUUACUUACGGGAAUGAAGGAAGUAGGUAAAGAAGUUUGGUAGAUUCAGAGAAUGUCUGCACGUAUAGAAUUACUCAAUUAGCCAGACUAUCCAUUUUAAAAGGAUAGCUUAUAACACUGUCUGUAUUAUAUUUUUGAUAAAGACUGUAAUAAGUGAAAACGUCAAAUUUUUUUUGUUAUUUUAAACUGAUUUUUUUUUAAGGGACAUCAAAUUUUUCAAAGUAAACGUACUCUAAUGCGUCAAAUUGAUACCAGAGGAUAAACAACAGAGGGGUAAAAGUAAUUACUCUAUUAGAAAACCCUAUAACUUUCCCAAAAGUUGCCAAAUCGACAUUUGUGGCAUGAACAAACGCAGAAUAGGUUUUAUUGGUAUACCAUGAAUUCCGUUGCAGAUUUUCUGGCCUUCCUUAUCGUUCUUCCUCGUAGCAACCGUACUGUUGAGAACAUCACUCUUGUUGUCCAAUAUAUCGAAGAGAAGCCAGGAAUAUUGACCACACGACGUUCCACACCAUUGGGAAUUAGCAGGAAGAUUUGUAUACAUUUCCUUACAAAGUGCAAACAGUGCAUCAACUGUUUACCGUGUGUAACGUACGCUCAAUCUUUUGCGAAUCUGAACGGAGAGUUAAACGAUUUUUCAUCGAACAGUAUCGUGACCGAUGAUGCUCAUUUCCAUCUUAGCGGUUGCGUGAAUAAACGAAAUAAUCAUUUCUGAUACAUCGAAAAUCAAUGUAUAACCUAAAAAAACCAUUACAGCCACUGAGAGUUACUGCGUAGUGUGCUGUUUACCGACCCAGAGAAAUCAUAAAGCCGAUUUUUUUAUUCGUAGAUUGUAUGAAUUGAGGGCGCUUCUCUGGAUCGCUUAGUCUCUUCGGGACUUUUUUAAUGGGAUUUAUAUCAAUAAGCCUCAGUCUCAUGAAGUCCUUAAAGGGAAUUUUUGUCAGAAAGCGAGAGCUUGCCAUCUGAAGUUCUGGCAAGAGUGAUUGAAAAAGCCAAAUCAACAUCAACUCAAAUUGAUGAAAUAAGUUCUAAAGAAUUAAAUAAACAUGUUUCUCGGUCGUUUAUUAUUAAAAAUAAUACUGCAAAAGAAUAUUGGGUGUUUAGUUUUCCCCAUUGUGUAAAAAGUGUGUGAAAUUUAUCUCGGAAUAUCAAUACACAAUUUUGUUAAUUAUUACGAUAAUUGAUUUUAAAAGUUGAGUAAAGCUUGUAGGCCUUUCUAACAAUGAUACUUUUUUUCGAAAAAAUCAGUCCAAGAUGAAUUUUUUACAGUAAUAUGAGUAGGUAAUAUCAAAUUUUGCUAGUUCUGAAAAAUUCAAUCAUUACAGAAGAAAUUUUUCCUUAUCAACACGAAUUAAUACACACAAUAAAUAUUGUCCAUAAUUUAAUUUCACCCCUUCAGUACUAGGUAAAAGUGAUAAUGCAAUAACAUAAUCUUGCAAUUAAAUAAUGGUAAUAAUUUCUAAAGAUUUAGUUUCAUUUUCAAUGGAAAUUAUAUUAGAUUUCAUUAUAUAAUUCUAGAUUCCAUUUUAAAUACGUAUACAGUAUUUGAACGGAAAUAUCAGCUAAUUUAAUUGGAAAUAUCAAAAUAUAAAACUGAAAUCAAUGUGUAUUGUAUUGUAACAAAGUAAGCAAAUGUAUUCUUAAAUUUAAAAUUACUGUAUCUAUGAAAAAAGCCCGAAAAAUGUAUAGUUAAAUUUUCAUAAGCAGAAAUUGAAGGUUGUGAAAAUAUUUGUUAUUAUUUUAAUUCUUUUGGUGGCAUCCGCUAUGGAAAGGAAUGUAUCCUUCCAAUUUUAUAUUUUCAAUUCAGUUCCAUGAUCAACACUAAAAUGUAGAUGAACCAAAAUUAACUCCACUGAUAUUAACUAAUAAAAUGUAUCUGCGUCUUGCUUCUUGAGAAUAAUUAAUCUUUGUUUUCUGAUAAAGUUACAUUGUUGUUAAUUUUUUUCAUAAUGCGAAAUGUGUUGUAUAUCAGCUGCCAAAAUAAAGAAAGAGACUGUGAUUAUAGGUUCGUUAGGAAAUAAAAUUAUAUGAUAACGGGUUUCAUUUCACCCUAAUGAAAAAAGGUUGAUGGUAUACCAUGUAUUUACCAUAUCUAGUGAUUAUUUUGUUUUGAAAAAUCAACUCCAUUGAUUAACUUCCUAUAGUUUGUUACUUUGAACAGUAAUUUUUAAAUAUUAUGAAUUUUCACAAUAUAUUCUAUUGUAAAUGUCGUAGUUUCUUUAACCAAAAUUUGUAGUGAUAUUCUCAAGCGAUUAUUUAGUAGGUCUAUCUUUCGAUUUUAAGCGAUUAUUUAGUUGAGAUACUGUUAUGAGGGGUAUGAUUGGGUGAGGAUUAGCCCUGAUCGCGGUUCUAAAAGGGUAUCAGAUCUCUAUUAAUCUCUUUCAACUGCGAUCAGGGCUACUCCUUAUAUAUGAGACUUAGAGUCUCCACAAGGGUUGACAAUUUUUGAAACAAAAAAAAAAUAGAAGUGAGAUAUGACCCAUUGAAAAAAGAAGAUAAUAUAAUGAAAAUAAAAGGAAAAAUAAGUUACGGACUAUCUAAGAUCGUGGUGGGGAAGAGGGUGAGUUGUAGGUAAUGAAAAGAUCUACAACUUUUUGAGAAAUUCAAAAACCAAGGUUUUGAUUAGGUGAAAAUUCACCUUUUUAGGCCCCAAAUACAUUACAAUUUAUUUGAUUGGAAAUAUUCAAUUUCUAAUAUUGUUUUGUCUCAAUAUCGAAAAAGUACCGCAAUUAUUAAUUCUCCCGUCAAAAUAUCAGUUUAUUUGGAAAAGUCCAUGAUUUUUGUUCAUUGAAAUCUACUCUAUUUUCUGAUGGUGUGAAAAAUAUUACGCUCUAAUUACACGAAAAACGUGAGAUGUUACUUGAUCAAACAUAAGGGUUGUAAAAUUCUUAUAAAUAUCUAAAAAUUGUACGUAUUAAUUAGAAAAAGUUUUUGGGUACGAGUUUUUUCGCUUUUUGCCUUUUCUAAAGAAAUUUACCAUGGCAAUAGUGAUAUUUUUUAUACCAUCAAAAAGUAAAGAUUUCAUCGAACAACUCACCGACAUUAAAAAAAAUAAAAUAUUUUGACUGUAAUUCUCGAUUGAAAUAACUUACAGUGCUUUUUCGAUAUAAAGUCAAAAUGAGGUGAACAAAUAAAUAUUUCAAAUCAAAUAAGUUGGGUAAUAAAAUGGUAAGUUUUAACUAAAUUUCGUAAAAAAAAUGUUUUUUGUGAGAGAUAAAAAUAAAAAACCAAAUACUCGAUUAUUUCAAUUUUUCGCAUAAAUUUUGAGGUUAUGUGAAAAAAGUAUGAUUACAAAAGUUGUAGAUCUAUUUAACUUUUUUCCAUAGUACUUAUAGUUUUGCUGGCAAUCGAGAUAAACCGGUUUUUACCAUUAAAAACUCACCCUCUUCUACUUCCAGUCCUCAGAUCGCCCGUAAAUUAUUUGUUCUUCCAUAUUUAUUAUAUUCUCCUCCUUUUCCAAAGGGGUUCAUCCUACCAUUAUUUUAUUCACUUUUUAUCACUUGUAAGGGUUUCUACACUGGUCUAUCAACUAAAUCAUCACUCAAACUAGUGAACUUACGUGGUUUAUUGAAUCAAAUUAUAUAUUUUUAGGGCUGUUUUCAUUGAGUUUUUCGGUAACAUUCUUGUAGUCCUCUAUGUGUAUGUAUAUUUGUAUGUAUUUAAAAAGUUUUUGUCGGACAAAAACCUAGUAUUUAACUUAUUAGAACUAAGUAUAAAAACUUUAAUAACAGUUAUGUUUCAGUUAAAAAAAUAAAAGUAUAUUUCUGUAAGCAAUAAAACUAUUUGUCCAACAAAAUUUUUUCAACGUUAUUAAUGUUACUAGUCCACGUUUUUUGGUAGAAAAAAGUCGAUUGUUGUUUAAAAAUGUUAACGUUUACAAAAAAAAAGAAUUGUUAAAAAGUGUUAAGAUGCAUAUGAAUUCCGACUAUGUAAAUAGGUUGACCUGUAAGUAAAUGUAUAUAGUAUAGUAGUGUACUAGUAACAUCUCAAUCAUCUUGAAAAUUUGUCUAGUUGAUUGGGUGUCGUUAUACAAACGCCAUUUGGACAGUGUUCAAAACACACUUAAAAAAAUUUUAUUGGUGAAGUUUUCGGUACAAAGAUUACAAGACAUAUUAUCAAUCACAGAAAAGUCGAAAAAAAAACCGAUUUGACGAAUUAAUUUUCAGCAAGGCAGGAAAAUAUUCUAAAACGUGUGUAAUCAAGUUUGUACCAUACCAGUCGGCUUAGCUUUUAGUAGCUGAAAAACCACCAAAUUUUUGCACUUUAUAUCAUUCUAUUUUAAAACACAGAGGACUAAAUUCUACGUCAACUUUGGAAAAUCAAAUUCGGUUUAGUGGUUUAGUCAAAGUCGAAUGUUAACAACGAGGAAUAUUUCGUAUUUUCGUGAACCUUACAUUAUGCGACUCUCCAAGACCAUAUAUGUUGAGAACAGAUACUCCUAUAAAAAAAUCCCUGGAAUAAAAGUUUUGUUGGACAUUCUGAGUAAUUUUAUGUCCUUAAACGUGAAAAAAUAUCAACGUUUUGCACCAAAUCAGCACUUCAUAUUGCUUAUAACUUUUGAAGCGAUUCCUUCAUUAGAGAAGAUCGAACAGCGUGGUUGUAUAUCAAGAUCCUCUUCAUCAAGAUUAUCUUUAACGAGACUAUCCUUACUAAUUUGUACUUCCACGGCAAUAUGAGUUAUAUUCUUAUCCUAGAAGGAUGUUGAAUUCGAGCAUGACUGGCAGUUGCAGUUGAGGUAUAUGUCUUAACAUGUCAGCACUUCUCUUUAUACUCCUUUGUACCUUUGCAGGUAACAGUGUUGAGGAUUUCAACUGGAGCUGGAUCCUUAGUGUUUAUGAUGGAGAGGAAGCCAAGGUCCGUUCUCCUCCAUCUCAAGCUCAAGGGAUUCUUUGGUACAUUAUACCAGCCCAGGAUUUGAAGAUACCGCUCAGAGUAUGCUGGGCCGCGUCUACAAUUGUUGGGGGUAGAGGAGCCAGUUCAAAAGUUUGCUUCGUUAGUGAUCUGUCUCGUACCGUUAACUUGCUGAAAUGAAAACCUCCGGAUCGGCAAAGUUUAGUCCUUUGUAGUUUUGAAUAUAAUGACAUUUUCCAUGACCAUUCUCCAAAUACAAUCAAAAAUAUUAAAAUAGUUCAAUAAUUCGGGUUUUUAUUAUCAAAAGUUAAGCUCAUAAACUGCAAUGCAUUUACUACCAAAUAGAGGUAAAAUUCAUAAUAUAUGAAAGGUUUAAAAAUUUAUUGAAUACAGGAUACGAAAGAGUCAGUUAGGACCACAGAUUUGUCACAGUCGUUCAUUCACAUAUUCACUUUAAAGUCAACAUUCCAAAUUUUAUACAAAAUAAAAGGGUUUGGCAUAAAGUGGGUAAACCCAAAUUUCAUAAUUUGUAUGCCAUUAACCUUGAUAUGAAACAAGCAUAAAACAUAUCUUAGCAAUUAAAUUGAAAUUUGCUCAUAAGAUUCCCUUAUAAGUAAUUUUUUACGGCAGUAUCUGUCCUCCCCCUCAUGUAACACAUCUAUACCAUUUUUUCAAAUCCUUCUCGUUUGAAUUUUUUGCGUAAUGGCAGUUUUUCUUUAGAAUUUCUAACCCUUCUUACUUAUUUUAUGUUUUCUUUCUUGCUUCUCCUUCAUUGUUGAUAUUUGUGAUUUCCCCCUGAACCUUUUUAUAGAUUUUCGUUUACCGCAAUAAAAGGGCAAUGAUGAAAGCUCUCCAAUGCUCAUUUUGUCUUUUGGUAGAGCACUUACGAGUAUCAGUUCUGACUUUCCUUUAGUAGAGGAUGAGGUAUAAUUUGAAUGCUUCAAGAAAAGUCGUCAAAUUUAUUUGAGGAGUCCAUAUCAUCAGAUAUACUGGGCAAAAUGGAUUAGCAGGCUGUCUGUAUUAAAUGACUGGAUUCCAGAUGAGUUUAAACUUGAUAAAGAUUUCUCCAUUGUUUCAAUUUUAAUACAGGCAUAUUUAAAUAUUUCUAUAAAUUCACAAAAAGUUAUUUCCUUUUUAUUGUCAGCAUUUUUAGGAAAUUUACAAACAAUUGGAAAUGAUACAACCACAAAUAACAUUCUUUACCGCUGCAGUCAUUAUUGGUAACUGCUUAAAAUUACCCUAAAUGAUAUAUUUUUUGUCAAUCCAGGAGACAUUCGUUAUCGAAAAAAUAUCAAAAGGAGCGGAAUAAAACUCCCAAAAGCACUCAAUGUACAUUCGACAGUUCGGUUCUAUCCAAGCUGCCAGUUUGAUCAACAUUGUAAAUUCUGUUUGGCAUAAAUUUAAACAAAGAUACCACAUUAGCCAACACAGUUUCAAUAAAUUCUUCAUCGGCUUCUAAGGCCAAUUUGGAGGGUUUUCUUAAGAAAUAUAUGCAGCCUGCUACUUGACGAGUUUUAUUAAAAUCGUGUCGUACGCCAUUUACUUCUGCUUAUUGGGAAUCAAGUUGUUGUAAUUCUACCGUAGUCUAUCCCCGAAACAAAUGAUUCAUUUGAGCUUCAAUCUCUACUAAAAUGAUAAAGCGUCUUCUUACUCUUUAACCAGUUCUGUUGUUUUUUUUUCUGCGCGCUCUCAGUGUUGCCUCAUGAAUGUUGAAUGACUUGGGAAUAUCUCGGAUGCUUUUUUUCAGAAUCUAUUGCUUCAGAAACUUUCUGUCAAGGUUUCUCGGUUCAAUGAACGAUUUGUUUCACCCACGUAUCUGUUAGGCAUCUGAAAUAACAAUAAAUGCAGUUAAAUUACGUAUUCUUCUCAUUCGAUUUGCGCUAAGUUAGUUUUUCAUCUUUUAUCUAAAUGGAACUACUCGGGUAUUAUAAAUGAAAUUCUAAGUGCUCUUCAAUUUUCAGCUCUUCAUAAUUCAAUUCGUCUACAUCUUCAGUCAUAGCACACAAUAUAUCUGCAGGAGUGGGUUGUUAAACUGUCAUUUACAAACUUGUGAGCACUUUUUGAUCUCUUUACUUAUAUGAGAUCAUUUUGCUUACCUAUACUCUACCCUCUAUAGAGAAGUGAUUUACAUCCAGUUCAUCUACUAACUUUUUUAUUGUUUCCGCAAUUGGAGUUUUCAGUAUUUCGAGCUCUUUCAGUUUCUUCAAAAUUCCAUUCAAAAUAUUUUGUUCAGCAUUUUUCCAUUUUAUAUAAAAGCUCUACAUUUUUUGACUUCAAAACUUCGAACAAUGAAUUCAAAUCCUAAUUCAUUUCAAUGCAACUAAAGAGAAUGAAAGUAGUAUCAAUAUUUUCAUCUGCGAAAAUCAAAACGAAAAAUUCCUAUUAAUUUGAGUCAUAAGUCAAAAUAUGAAUAUUUUGUUCUGAUGAAUUAAAAUCAAUUCUACAAUAGAUCUAUGCAAAAAUUCUGUAUUUAGAGUCGGUAUUAGCUUGUUUAAGUACAAAAUUUAAUCAUGCAGGUUUGCUGGUAUCUACGUAGAAGUUUCCAAUAGAGGUUUUUUUCAAUUAAUUUAAUAUUGUCCUGUUAGACUAAACUAACUAUUCAAGUGACUGUACGACUUAAAACUUCACCGACAUAACAGUGUUUUGUAAAAGACGCACCAGUAAAAUUGAACGGAGAAUAAUUUGGAAUCCAUGAUAAAAAACAACAAAUUGAAAAAAUUUAUACAUAGUAAUGGGAAUAUAUUUACUGUGAUUAGUCAUAUCCAAAUUAACGCUAAAUAAUUUUGACAUAAUUUUUAAUUUUCUAUAUUUUCUUCAAAUGUCUGACAAGUACCAUACGGUAAAAGUCUUCCGAUGGAAAAAAUGCAAUUUUUUUGAUAAAUAUAACUCCUACACAAAUGAAUGUUUGUUCUUUCACUGAUAGUAGAAUUUUUGACACACUUGUAUCUAAUGACUUCUUUCUUCUAAAAUCCCUUAUGGGUGGUAUCAGAAAAACUAUUUCCAAAUAGUAGAUACUGAAAGAGUAAUAUACAUUUUUUUUAAAUUGCAUCGAUGAUCACUAAUAUGUUGAUAAAUGAAAUUUCUGGCGAAUAUUAGAGCAUCCUGUGUCGGGUACGUUUCACCUGUUUCAACAGAGCUAAUGGUAACUUCGUAUUCACGUUGGCUCUAAUGCCAUUGAUUCGAUUGCAUCUGUAAAUAAUUUUUGAUACAUAUGAAAUUUCACUAAUUAUUGCAGUUCCCAUUUGUUAUUUUUUAUGACAAUGAAAUAUCAUUAAGUCAAAUAUUUCUUCUUAAUUUCUUUUUCAACUCUAUCCUAUUCACAAUCAUAUUAGUUCUGAAAAACUUUAUAGAUCAAGAGCUUGAUGUGUCUGGUAUUGAAAUUUUAAAUUUAAUGCUGUUUAUUUAUAGUAAGUAACCUAAAGGGUGAUAUACUAUGCAAAGAGUCAAUUUGAAGGGAAUAUAAAAGAAGAGCAACACGAUUAAGAUACAAUACCAGAGCAUAAGAAUGUAGAAUUUAAUUAUAGACCAAUAUCCGUAAAAAACACUUGUAUAAUUUAGCCAAAUUCUGAUUACAUAAAAAAUGAUCACGUUUUUUUUGAAAUAAAAUUGCAUUUGUUUUCCAUAUAAUAAAUUGGAUAUUAUUUGUCGGACAUUUGUGUGAAUAAUACCAUGGUAUGUUGUGUUAUGUACAGUGUCUAUUUAGAUCCUUGGCUAUAACUUAGUGAAGAUAAGAGGUCAGGUGAUAUUAAAAUAUUUAAGAAAAUGGAGGCUGUUUGCAUCUCAAAAAUAUAUACUAAAAGUAUAAAUAUUGAAAAAAUCCACAUUUUUAGUAGUAAUUAUAUAGUAGUGCUUGUAAAUUAGGUUUAGUGUCAGCAAAUGACCAUAAUAAUAUUAAAAAUAUUUAUGUUCUAAUAACUUGUGCAUUACUAGAAUUAUAAAAGUAGUUGUUUGAAAAAAUAAUAAUAAAAUAUAUUACCGAUGAAAA